UAACAAAUUUACUUCUAGUUUUUCUGAUAAAAAGUCAUUUUAUUAAUCUUUAUUUAUUAUUAAAUUAUUGGGUUGUUAUGUUAAGUAAAAAAAUAUCGGAGGUGUCAGUGCUGAUAAAGCGUGGAGAACUCUCUAUCAAGGAGCUAUGUUCAGAAUGUAUCAAAAGGAUGAACAGAUUAAAGCAUCUGAACAUGUUCAUCACAGAACUUUCUCAGCCUGCCCUCAAAAGAGCUGAACAUCUCCAAAAUGAAUUGAAAAAAUCAAAUAAUAAAAUCGAAGAAUCCACACACCCUUUCUAUGGAAUACCGAUCGCUGUGAAGGAUAAUUUUAGUACCAAAGAUGUAAAAACCACAUGCGCAUCACUAAUGUUGGCCGAUUACGUUCCACCCUUCAAUGCCUCGGUGGUUCAUAAGUUACUCAGUCGGGGGGCCAUCAUUGUGGGAAAAACCAAUAUGGAUGAAUUUGCUAUGGGGUGUGGCUCCGUAGAUGGCGCUUUUGGUCCCGUCAGAAACCCGUGGAAAUAUCCUACCCCAAUAAAAUCCAACUUUAAGCACCCAAAAAUAAAUAUUUUGACAUUAUCAAGCAAAGAACAAAUAGACAUAACAAACAAAGAAUUAAACACAUCUAGCCAAUGUUUUAGUGAUAAAUUGGGGGAAAAUGAUGAUAAAAAUGAUGAUAAAAACGUCAAAAAUGUUGAUAAUGAUGAUGAGUGGUACAUCGCCGGUGGAAGUUCCGGUGGUAGCGCUGUUGCAGUAGCCGUCGGAGCCGCAUUUGCAGCCCUGGGCUCAGACACGGGGGGCUCGACGCGAAACCCCUCAUCGUAUUGCGGGGUGGUUGGCCUGAAACCCACCUACGGUCUUCUAUCCCGGCAUGGCCUCAUUCCACUCGUUAACUCUAUGGAUGUGCCGGGAAUCAUUGCAAGAAAUGUCGAUGACGUCACGCUCGUUCUUAACAGCUUGGCAGGGCACGAUCCACUCGAUUCAACAACAGUAACACAGGACUACAAGCCCAUUCUUCUUCAGGAUCAGCCAUCUAUCAAGGGACUAACAAUUGGAAUACCUAAGGAAUACCAUUGUCCGGGUCUAUCCCCCGAAGUUUUAGACAGCUGGACUCAGUUAGCUGACCAAAUGGAGCUAGAUGGUGCCCGCGUCGUCCAGGUUUCCUUACCCCACACGCAGCUUUCCAUACGCUGCUAUCAUGUGCUAUGCACUGCCGAUGUGGCCUCCAAUAUGGCCAGAUACGACGGACUUCGAUACGGGCAUCGCGCCCCGAACGACAAGUCCACAGAAGCCAUGUACGCGCAGUCGAGACGCGAAGCUUUCAACGACGUCGUCAGGUCGAGAAUAUUGGCGGGAAAUUAUUUCCUACUUAAAAAUAACCAGGAGAAAUACUACAUACGCGCCCAAAAGAUCAGACGCCUGAUUCACGACGACUUCGUCAACGUCUACAAAUCCGGUGUGGAUGUCCUUCUGACGCCAACGGUUCUCAGUACUGCCCUGCGAUACAGUUGGUUCUCGAAGGCUGACAAUCGGACGAGGACGGCUGAGCAGGAUGUUUGCACUCAGUCUGUAAACCUCGCUGGUGUCCCUGCAAUCUCAGUCCCAACCAGGAUCUCUUCAGACGGACUUCCGAUAGGAAUGCAGCUGAUAGGGCAAAACUUCAAGGAAGAAGUUUUAUUGAAUGUUGCUAAGUAUGUCGAACAGAGAUGUACUUUUCCUUUGUUGGUUGACAGUCCUUUGUUUAAGGAUUUAUGAAAUAAAAUAUGCAUUUUUAUGUUUUUUGUAUCUCUCAUUUUUAUCAAAAUAAUCAUUUUUUCGUGAAGUUUUAAACCGAUUCCCUUGCUCAUAAAUAAAAUCUUACCAAACAAUAA